AUGUCCGGGGACGACCGGAUUCACCGGCUGACCAAUGUGGAGGCGCAGCGGAUCAUGUCCGUCCUCGACGAGGCCGUUGUCAACGUCCACCUCCUGGCCAUGCUCGGCUCGUUUCUGGAGAACACCGAGGCGUUGGAGGCUGUGGCCGGGCGGGAUGUGGUGGACUUGUUGGUCAAUCACCAGGCGCUGGAGGCUCGCUACACCGAUGUGUGGGAACGACGCGAGGCAACAGGCAGACGAGGCGAGCGUGCCCUCCAUGCAGACCUCACUGAUGAGCUCAAGGACAUCGCCACAGAGCUGGUGGCCUCCACAAAGUCCGUCUGCCGCGUCCUCCGCCAAACGCCCGACGCCGUCCAUCGCCUCCGCUCGCACUUUGCCUCCAACCGCACCCCGGGUCUCGUCAACUUUAUCAAAGUCUUCAACGAGCUUCGCGACCUCACCAUUGUCCGUCUCGAGACCUCGGUGGAGGAGGCCCGCUCGCGGGAGAACCAGAUGGCCUCAGUCGUUCAGCGCGCCCGCGAGUCCACCGCAGAGGUCGAGCGGCUGCAAGUCCAGUUGAAGAAGCAGGUUGAUCUUCGCAACGAGGAGGAGAAGAAGCGAAACAGGACCAUCUCUCGCCUCACCAAGACUCUCGAGUCGCUGGCCUCGAACGCUGUCGACGACCAGAAGGCCCUCGACAAGGAGGCCCGCUCUCGCGCUGCCGUGGACCAGGAGCACUUUAAGCGUGCGCAGACAGAGCUCGAGUCGGAGCUGACUGAGAAGCGUGCCUACCUCGACUCGCUCAUCGCAAAGUCGCAGGCGACCGAGGAGGAGCUGCGCCGCUCGCGCGCCCGCACCGAAGCCGAGGUCACAAACUGGCUCACCCGCUACGACGAGGAGAUGUCCGCUGCCCAGGAGGAGCUCGAGGCCUUGCAGGCCACCUGCGAUGUUGAGACCGCCCGCCUCGACGCUCUCAAGCGCCGCUACGCUGUCCUCAACGUCGAGUACACCGCCAUCAUGGACCACAACAAGCGGGUCCAGCUCAACGCUGACCGCGAGGCCGCAGAGUUUGACUCGCUCAUUCGUGCAGCUAUUUCCAUCCAGUCGGCCUGGCGCGGCCACGUGGCGCGCAAGGACUUCAAGGUCCUUCGCCGCAAGCGCCGCAAGGCCCGCCGCAAGGCUCGCGCCGCUGCGCGCGCAGAGAAGAAAGCAAACGCAUAG